CGAAGCGGACCUCAGUCGGUAGCGAAAGAUCGAGCGGACCGCGUGGAGACCUGCCGGCUUUUCUCUCGAGAGCGCGCGGCUCGCUUGCUGGCUUCACCGAGGGCCAGGCCAGGACCGACAUGCAGCUGCUUGUACCGCCGGUAUGAGUGCCUGUCAGGCCGCUUUCUCGGUCCUGUUGCUGCUCGUCGCCUGUGGCCGGUCGUCGUCCUCGGCCACGCCGCCGGGCAACAACGAGGACGCGCCCCUGGUGCGCACCUGCGAGGAAGUGCAGAUGCGGUGCGCGCAGCGCAAGGGCUGCGGCUCGGCGCUGCACGCCUACCUGUACCAGUGCAACGAGGUGAUCCAGGCGGGCGCCUCGCAGUGUCCCGUGCCGUGUCAGCGCGCGCUGGCCGCCCUCACGUCGACGGACGAAGGUCGCGGCUUGUCGGACUGCGAGUGCGGCGAGAACGACGUGUGCCGCAAGAGCAAGCUGCGCGUCGAGGUGUGUCGCGAGGCCGUGGAGAAGCUGACCGCUCCCGGUGCGCGAAUCCCGUGCAGCGUGGCCUUCUGGAUGUGCGAGGCCGAGCCCCAGUGCGGCACGGCGCUCGCCUACUACUACCGCUACUGCCGCGGCGCGUUCCACGGCAAGCGGUGCACGCCCCGCUGCAACAACAGCCUGGCCAUCCUCAACAGGCAGCCGCGAUCGGACACGCUACGCUCGUGCUACUGCGACGGCUCCGAGGAGUUUCCCUGCCAGAAGAUUCGCGACAGGACGGACCAGUUGUGUUACGGCAGGCAGGAGCCGUCCACGACGCCGAAGCCCGGUUCCGCGGGAACAGCUGUGCGUCCCGCCGGGUGGCCCCAGCUGACAGUCGCGCUGCUGCUUCUCGUAUCUCUUGCUACGCGGCGCGGCCAGUGCAGUGUCUCUGAAGUGACGUGACCGCCUGCGCAGAGGACCGCGCGGACAGCAGCCGGAAGAAGCGGCGACGGCGCGAUACAGACAUUCGCACGGCUCGAGUCGAGCGCGGUGCACAAGCAACAGCGGAACUCUACCCCGGCUGAAAGCGUGCCAAGACAAACUGCAACGCGGCGCAGCUUUGACGAGGAAGCAGCAGUCUUGUGGACUGUGUUUUGUCGGGAGUGCGUUAUGUUUGGACUCGCAUUUGAGUGGGUGCGUGCGUGUGUGUGGUCGACUGCGUGUGGGUAGGAAAUAACGGCGUCGAGUCGCGUGCGUCGUCCUCUGAACGUGCAAUGCCGCGACGGGGGGCGGCCGUGUACAGUGUUCCCCGGUGAGAUUGAGAAACAGCAUUCCUACGCGGCAGAAGUACGAGGGGUGAAAUCCAAACUGAUGGUGCAAUGGACAGGUCGCACCCUUCUCUCAACCGCUGAAAGUACGAAUGUAAGAAAAUUUCUGGCUAGAUCAAGAGCUCUGCACCGUCGACUGGGGACGUCUGUGCUUCUGUAUCGAAUGAGCGGUGACGCGAAACUUGAGUGAAUGGAUAACGUUGGCUCGUAGACAACGAAUGCGUCUAUAGGAGGCCCUGAAUCUGAAGCGGUUUGAUGUAUACAGUCAUGAACAAAGCUCUAGGGAGCACACUUCGUAUUAGCGACUGUAAAUGGGCUCGCCCUCGAGCCCUAACUAUGUAGGAGACGAACGAGCUUACGUUUGCAAGCGCGAGAGAUGAUGACAAGUGAACACACACGUAGUUACAUCCAGUUUUCGUUGUGCUUUCGCACCAUGGCAGCGCGUUUUAUGUAUCGCCUGGGGCUGUGCACAACCUGCUGUCGGUUGCAAUUUCACCGUUGCUUAUUUAACUUAUCGUUUAUUUUUAACCGAAGGUUCACAUUCGACAGUUCUGCUGCGUGCUUUCUGAAAAUACGAAGGACGAACCAGGGAGUCAGCGUAUAGUUAAACGUAGGAUAUGUGUAAGUAGAUAUGAACUGGGUGUACAAUCGUAUAGCUAGCUUAGAACUCGUCUGCAAGCGCGCACUCUUAAGAAUAGAACUUAAGUCCGAGUCUAAUCGAUGUACGCAUAGGUCGACGUUGUGGACAUAUUGUCUUAGAAUAUAUGUUAUAGAACUUCGCUCAGGGAAGCAAACAUCAGCUUGCGCAAAGCAAGGGCAGCAAUGCCAUAUAUUUGUGUAAAUAACAAAAGUAUCUAUGUAUAUAUUAUAUAGUUGGGUAUAGUCAGCAAGAUAGGCACUGUCUACGUCGUGGUAUAACAGAAUCAGGCAUCCGCGUAAUGCGUUUUACGAGGAGCGAAAAACGCACUGCGUAAACCGGUACUUUCGUAUCAUUGUACAUGGUUGCUGCAACUGAAAUUGUUGGGACGCCAAGUGUUCAAACAAAUAAAGAUGGCAGGCUCCUUGCGAGUCUGUACCUCUCCUUUUUUU